CGAGAGUUGCAAUUUGAGGGGGUCCCUUCUAUACACGACCCAGCUGAAGAGGGGCGGUGGUUAGACGAACCCUGGCAGUUUACCACUGAUAUCCACAACAUGGGCACCUGCCUCUAUAUCGCUGAGUGUAGUUUUAUAUAGAUUUGACUUAUAGCUACUCAUAAACAGCCCGAGCUGCUGCUGCUGCGAGCUUUUAGCGCCGACUCCUCCAACAACAACAUGUUAUCAGCAAUGGAGAAUAAGUUACAUCACGACACGCUCUCACAUGUAGCGACGUAGCUACUAUUGACUGAGAUGGGUGAAGACGAGGCCUCUGUUUCACAGCGACACUGUCGGCUCCAGUAGAGGUGGACAGGAUGGGGGAACGGGCUGUCAGCGGCUCCGUGGCUGCGAUCUCUCCAGUGCAGCAGAUGCUGGCUUCUGGUACUGGAGCCCUCCUCACAUCUAUUUUUGUCACACCGCUGGACGUUGUGAAGAUCAGGCUGCAGGCUCAGCAAAAACCGUUCCGCCAAGCUUUAGCUUGUGAAUCUACUGCGUGGGGUGGUGUCAUUCGCCCUCCCAAGUGGAAAUGUUUCCUGUAUUGUAAUGGACUGAUGGAUCACGUCUAUGUGUGUCAAAAUGGAACCAGUUGCACCAGCUGGUACAAAACACCAACACAUUUCAGUGGGACACUUGAUGCUUUUGUGAAAAUCACUCGUCACGAAGGACUCAGAUCUUUGUGGAGUGGACUACCACCAACACUGGUUAUGGCUGUACCUGCUACCGUCAUCUACUUCACCUGCUACGACCAGCUGCGGGACUUCCUGAGAUACGGUCUGGGUUUCCAGGGCAGCCACAUCCCUCUCGUUGCUGGGGGCCUGGCCAGAUUGGGGGCUGUGACGGUGAUCAGCCCUUUGGAGCUGGUCAGGACCAAGAUGCAGUCCCGCCAGGUGUCCUACAGCGAACUGCGGGUGUGUAUCCGCUCUGCUGUGGCUCAGGACGGACUGCUGUCCCUGUGGAGGGGCUGGGGACCCACCGUCCUCAGAGACGUACCCUUCUCUGCGUUGUACUGGUUUAACUAUGAGCUGGUAAAGGCCCGGCUGUGUGAACAGUCCCGACUGACUCAGGCCAACUUCUCCAUCAGCUUUACAGCAGGAGCCGUCUCUGGAGCUAUCGCCGCAAUCCUGACGCUGCCUUUUGACGUGGUGAAGACACGGAGACAGAUCCAGCUGGGAGAAAUGGACACUCUGGGAGCCUCCUUAAAGAGAACCACAUCCACAUGGCACAUAAUGAAGGAAAUCUGGGCCGAGAUGGGCUACAGGGGCCUUUUUGCAGGUUUCAUGCCCAGGGUGAUCAAAGUGGCCCCAGCCUGUGCUGUCAUGAUAAGCACCUACGAAUUUGGAAAGACCUUCUUCCAACAGAUGAACCUCGAUCGAGAGCGACUGGCAUCCUGAAGGCUGUCUGCGUGGUGCUAGGGGAUUGUUCACAGCAGCACUUACAGACAUUAUUAUCAGGACAGUUGGGACAAAGUCCUCUCAAAUAGACACUUGAGGAACAGGCAGGAUUGGAUUUUUUUUUUUUUGUGAACAUAAAAGAAGAGGAUUCACCCACAUAGCAACAAUUUCUCUACCUGAAAAUCUGCUCUCUGGAAAUGUUAACUCAGACUGUGAUAAGACUUGAGACACACUUUACAUCCAUGAACACAAUAUUGAGCUUGAACAACAACCCUGGAGAAUGAGAGAUGCUCUUGGACCACAGACUUUGUGUGAUGAUUAUUUGAGUAAACUUUAAACAUGUAUCUUAAAAUAAGAUUGUGUUUUUUCAAUGCUUUAGCGAAGGGUCAUAUUAUACAGAUCAUACCUAUGUGCACAUUUUCAUUUGAUAAUGGUAAAUCCGUGCAGGACAGGGGUGUAAAUGCUUGAUGGGAAAAUUCAAACCCUCUUAAGGGCUAAAACUGCAUCAGUGCCGUUGCAUGAGUCAGUGGAAAAUGUUCUUAUUCCCACAUGUUGCAUUGCCUGAGACCAACUGCAUGGUGUUACAGCUCCAUUCAAUACAGGAACACUAGUCCACACUACAUCAGCUUUACUGCAUCCCCUGCAUUCCUGUAGCAGUAGAGCAUGACCAUUUCUGACAUCUGAGUAGAUCACUGACAAAUCUGUUUUGUGUACUGGAUAGAUUCAAUCAUUUGUAGCACUUAAAAAUUUGCAACACAAGCGCUUUGAAAUGAAAUCACAAAGAUAAGUACAUGUUUUUAUUUUUGUUGAUUGUAUGCUUCUUUUCUAUUCUCAUAAUUGGAUGAAAGCUACAGUAUACGAAACAUGACGCCUGAUGGCAAAAUUCUUCUUGGAAGAUAUGUUUUCAUUGGUGCAUGAAUAUAGCAUUUAAUGCUAUGAUUAUAUUACAAGAAUGCAGCCAGCUUCCCAAAAAUAUCACAGAUUGACUUAAAAUGUUGUCAAUUUAUCAUGAUGUGAUAAAGAAAGCACAAAAGUCUUUCCCCUGAUGGCAUUCUGUGGAUGAAAGGCUUUGAAUUUCUUGCCUACAAUAAACAUCAAAACUUGCUACAACACUGAAUCAUGAAGCAAAAUAUUGCUGCCUUAACCUGAAAGGUGUAAACGCAUUUCCUCUUUGUUUUUUAUGAAUGAAAUGGUAAUAAAUGUUAAGACGGCUUGAUUUAA